AUGAAAAAGGAGAAUGUGGUAAAGGUGGCGAUCAUAGAACGGCCAAGAGCCAGCUUUGUGGAGCCAUGUAGGCCAUGUUCCAAGGAGGGUUUUGGGUCAGUGGAGAAGGUCGUGCUGCUCACAUUUCUCUCAGCGGUUAUCCUGAUGGCCAUCUUGGGGAACCUGCUGGUGAUGGUGGCUGUGUGCAGGGACAGGCAGCUCAGGAAGAUAAAAACCAAUUACUUCAUUGUAUCUCUCGCCUUUGUGGAUCUUCUGGUUUCGGUGCUGGUGAUGCCCUUUGGUGCCAUCGAGCUGGUUCAAGACAUCUGGGUUUAUGGGGAGAUGUUUUGCCUCGUCCGGACAUCUCUAGACGUCCUGCUCACGACAGCAUCGAUUUUUCACCUGUGCUGCAUUUCUCUGGAUAGGUAUUAUGCCAUCUGCUGUCAGCCUCUGGUCUAUAGGAACAAGAUGACCCCUCUGCGCAUCGCAUUAAUGCUGGGAGGCUGCUGGGUCAUCCCUAUGUUUAUCUCUUUUCUCCCUAUAAUGCAAGGCUGGAAUAAUAUUGGCAUAAUUGAUUUGAUAGAAAAAAGGAAGUUCAACCAGAACUCUAACUCUACGUACUGUAUCUUCAUGGUCAACAAGCCCUACGCCAUCACCUGCUCUGUGGUGGCCUUCUACAUCCCAUUUCUCCUCAUGGUGCUGGCCUAUUACCGCAUCUACGUCACAGCGAAGGAGCAUGCCCACCAGAUCCAGAUGUUACAACGGGCAGGAGCCUCCUCAGAAGGCAGGUCCCAGCCAGCCGACCAGCACAGCACUCAUCGCAUGAGGACAGAGACCAAAGCAGCCAAGACCCUGUGCAUCAUCAUGGGUUGCUUCUGCCUCUGCUGGGCUCCAUUCUUUGUCACCAAUAUCGUGGAUCCAUUCAUAGACUACACCGUUCCUGGACAGGUGUGGACCGCUUUCCUCUGGCUUGGUUACAUCAACUCUGGGUUGAACCCCUUUCUCUACGCCUUCUUGAAUAAGUCUUUUAGACGUGCCUUCCUCAUCAUCCUCUGCUGUGAUGAUGAGCGCUACCGAAGACCCUCCAUUCUGGGCCAGACUGUCCCCUGUUCAACCACAACCAUUAAUGGAUCCACACAUGUGCUAAGGUACACAGUUCUGCACAGUGGACAUCACCAGGAACUUGAGAAACUGCCCAUACACAAUGACCCAGAAUCCUUGGAAUCAUGCUUCUGA